AUGGCUAUAGACACUGCUGAAGUAUUAGGAUUAAAGAUGGAACCUUCAAAAGAUAGUUUCGCUUUUGUGGAUAACUCCAAAGCAAACUCAGCAGGCAUGAUCAGGAAUGUUAAGGUGGAGAUAGGGGAAUGCACUAUUCCUGUGGACUUUCAUGUCGUGGAGCUCAAAUCAAGCAAGACAUCUUCCCUUCUUUUUGGAAGAGCCCUCAUGGCUACAGUGUGGGCAGUUUGUGAUCUUAAGAAUAAUAAGAUGUGUCUAACUAAUGUUGAUGAAACUGUCUUCUAUGAUCCCGUGGAGAAGAAGAAAAGUGAGGAGUUUAUUUCAUACAUAGAGAUGUUUGAAGAUCCAGCACCUCCAGCUGAUUCAGAUCGCGAGCCUGCAAAACUAGUAUCAGCAUCGAUCGACAUUCAUCUUUCAACAUCGGUCGACAAUGAGCCUCACGAAUUGAUCAACACGAAGCUCGCAGCAUCGAUCGAUACCCUCCAAAUUUCAGAACACAACGAGACUGAAAAGUCUAAGUCUGGGAGAAGAACUAGGAAGAGGAAGAAGAAAAAGAAGAAGAAUGAAGAUGCAAAUUUCCUAUCACUAGUUCCUUCUCAGUGUCAAGAGGGAAGUCUUGAGUAUAAGGUGCGCUACAGAGGAGGUCCAGCUUCUUUUACUAAGGUUAGAGUACUAUGUGAUCCAGAGCUGAGAGACAAAGGGGAAGUUUCUGCAAGAGCUUUCACCAACUACAUCAAUAGAAUGAGGAAGAGAGAUACAUAG